GAGUUAGAGGGGAGGCGUAACACCAAAGGACACGUGCCAGGAGUCGAGAGGAGGCGCAGCUGUGCUCAACUCACCAGGGAAAAAGGGAGAAGGCGCUCCUUAUUACUGCGGUAUCUGCCCAUUCUGUCAGAGUAAAUCCUAGACCUAGAGACCCGUGGAGCUGACUGGACUCCAGUUGUGCCCGUGCGGAUGGUAACCUGGAAGGCCCAGUGCUGACUUGACCGGGGUGCUGGAAACCAGCCCAAGCAGGAGCAAGCUGGUUUUUUUCAAGCAAACGUACAACCUCAGCUGAGAAUAGGCUCUCAGAGGAAGUGCAGACCCUAGCACUCACCUGAAGAGUCUCAGAAGAACCACCCUUUGGAGACGCCACAGAAUCCAAGAAACGGUCCGGACCAUGGAGCCGCUCCAGAGUUCCAGACAGGAAUAAUAUACUGAUGCAGUCGGAUUUGGAGUUUCCCUAAUCUUUUGGCCUGUCUCGUUAAUCUUUUGACUAAAGGCUUGCAGUACAACACAUCAACCAAAGCCGCUCUGAAGCAGCACGUGAUGAAGAGAGCUGCACUCGUCCGCCUUUACUUCUUUUGGAGUCCCGAUUCUAUUUUCAUCAGUCUGUCGCGGCUGUAACAUCGAUACACUUUUUCCAUUAGCGUGAUUUGCAUAGCCUAACGAGAACGUCGCACCUGUUUCCAGCCCCAGUCAGACCACUGGGGGGAUGAGAAGCUACAACGCCUGAGAACGUCUCCUGUGGAUCUGUCUUUUGUUGGCGGGUGGGGGUACAGACACUACGAAAGCAUGCGGGACUCUCCGAACGCUCAGCUCGGGGCGCAAAGCGGAGCUGGAUGAUCCCGGCAAGACAGAAACCCCCAGAAGCUCAAUCACACCAACAGAGAUCAGGAGACAUCCAGGAAUCUUCAAGCAGCCCAUGCAAGCACACUGACUGGCCCACGAGCCCCCUGCCAACAUUCCUUGACUUGGGUGUCCCAACCUGGGACACCCUAAUGGGCAUAACUCAGGACGGCUGAAGAGUCUGGAUUAGCCGGGCAUACGAGUUUCAAUGCUCCUACUCAGUCUAAGAUGAGGUUAUGGGCGUGUGCUGCCAUCGCCUUCAUGUUCUGCGGGACGGCGCUCUUCGACAUCUUCACUAGAACUACAAUUCCCACGGGCCCCAAGCACCUCCACUCCCGGGCUGUCCACUCUCCACAGAGGCAACCAUCACCAUCCAUAUUUCGAGCAGCUGGCCAUCAGAGAAGCCGCAGGGCGACGGACGACCUGGAGUCUAUCCUGGUGGAAUUCUCAUCGAUGUUCCAGAGCUUCACCCAGGGAGAGCUCCAGCAGGUCAUUGGAACCCUGGCGGACAGGAGGGCGGUACAGGUCGGCCCACAGGGCCGCAGGACCAAGCGGGCCAGGAAGGGCCUGAAGCCAUGCUCCCUGCGAGAGGCGGUGGUGAGCGUCAGCGAGCUGGGCCUCGGCUACAACAGCGACGAGACGCUGCUGUUCCGCUACUGCAGCGGGCGCUGCUUCACGCACCGCCGCAACUACGACGUGUCGCUGGAGCACAUGAAGAGGACGGGCGCACUGGGCCUGGGCCGGCAGGACAGGGCGCGGCACAGCCCCUGCUGCCGGCCGACGACCUACGAAGACGACGUCUCCUUCCUGGACAACAACAACAAGUACUACACCAUCCACCAGGUGUCGGCCCGGGAGUGCGGCUGCGUGUGAUCUCAGGGAUCACUUGGAGCAACAAGGCGGCCCGAGACACCUACAGCGGUCACCUGACCUACCUUUGGAUGACCAGGCUGGUCAAAAGUAACCUCAGAGGCUGUGGGGAAGCGGAACAGGAACCUACAUAUUCUGCCCAUUUGAAAGACCUCAUUACUUUCAUUGCUCUUUAAACUAUUCAUUGUCAAAGAGACAAAAAGAAUGUGGAAUAUAGUCAAUUCCCCUGAUUGGAUAUUUUUCCUAUGAUCUUGAUGACAUAUUACCUGUAAUUAAGAACAUGUAAUUCAAUUUGAAGCUACCUACCACUAACUCAAACUGGGAGGUUGCAUGCAAAAAAAGAAAAGAUAUCCAAACUGGUUUGAUGGAACGGCUUUCAGAGGUCUUUGAAUAACCUUCUACAAAUUGCCCGCCGCACGCUGAAAAUCUACCUCGUUUUCCACGAAAAUAAGCACCCAAACCAAAACUGAGACUCUCCGUGUUCACCUUCAGCUGCUCGCUAAAGUUUUCAGAAGUCCUCGGAGCAGGAGCCCCCUUCAAUAUUUGGCUGAGUCGCUCCUUCUUUCAUGUGGCAGAAUCAUUUUAAAAUGUUGGCUUCAAUUUCCCCUCACAGAAUCACCCAGCAAAGACACGCCAACUUGGGUCUUUGAGAGCACAAAUCUUUUGUAAAUACGGCUUCAAACAGAGCGGUGAGGUCGAAUGAUGUAUAUUUAAAAUUAUAAGCAUCCACUCAAAUUUGUUUAAAGCAUGUCCAAACUGCACCUUCUACGGCUAUAAUUCAAUAUUUCUGUCAUAAAAAAUACCAACAGAUUUCAGUUUCACUUUAUAAGAUACAAAACAUAUCCCCCUUCCCUCCCAAAAAUGAAAAACAUAUCUACUUUCAUAUUUUCUACUCCUGACUAAUGAGUAGAAUAAAAUCAUUGCAUAAAACGAACUAAUAAAGGACAUAUUAUACAAUACAUUAUGUAUAUUUUAUAGAACGCUCUACUCUCGUCACAAGCUAAUGAUUUGCGCUUUAUAAAACCUGCUUUCAAUGGCCAGUAUUUUUAGGGUAAAGUUUAAGGAUAAACAUGGUUAUGUGGUGUCCUGAUUCUCCAUACAUCCAUUUUCCGCCACUUAUCAGGGGUCGGGUCGCGGGGGCAGCAGUCUAUGCUGGGAUGCCCAGACCUCCCUCUCACCAGCCACCUCCUCCAGCUCCGCCAGGGGGAAUACCAAGGCGGUGCAGGCCAGCCGAGAGAUAUAAUCUCCCCAGCAUGUCUUGGGUCUGUCCCGGGGCCUCCUCCUGAUUGGACAUGCCCCAAACACCUCCCCAGCUCUACGUUGAGCCCCUCCUGGAUGUCCAAACCCCUCACCCACCAUAUCUUCACCUUCCAGCUCAGCGCCCUUUUCACCACGACAGGACGGUACAGCGUCCGCAUUACUGCCAACGCUGCGCCGAUCCGUCUGUCGAUCUCACGCUCCCUAAUUCGCUCACUUGUGAAAAAGACCCUGAGAUACUAGAACUCCUCUGCUGGGAGCAGCAACUCGUCCCCCAUCAGGGGACAUCUGUGUCCCGAUUCUGUUUUAUAUUAUUUCAUAAUUAUGCGAAGCAUUAUUGUCAUAUGUAUGCAUUAUUGCUCAAUAGACAAACUUAAAAUCCCAAGUUAUAUAUGUGUGAACUUGCUGUGAUUCCGUCAAUAUGAUCAUUAUUUCACGAUGUGUGGAGAAAUCACAUACUGAAUUAUUCUCACACAGCAAAACAGAGCAGAUAACAUGGAUUAGCAGUAAAAACAAUACGGCUCAAUGCAAAAAGGAAAACUUUACAAGGAAAUACUAACGAGCACAUUAUGUAAUUGUUCUUAGGGAAGCUACACAGUGCUAAGCCCUUCUGGAGUAACUUUAGGUCAUUACCUACCAAGAAGCUUACAGUAUUGCCUGUCCAACACUUAGAAACUAGGGCCCAAUAAAUGAGCUUUGGUUGAGAACAAACAUACAGGCAAUCUUACACAAUACAAGAAACAAUUCAAAUGAUAAGAAACUUCAAGAAAAAACAGUCACAUAGGCAAAUGUUGAAAUCCAGCUUAACUGUCAGAGCGUGUUUAAUUUUGAAUAAGGGAGCACUAAAUACUGCCAUGUAGAUCAGAGAUAGGGGUGUCUGAGUUUCCUCUGUCCAGACACUGAGCGCCACGUUACGUCCCCAGCUUCCACACCUCACCUUCCCAAACGCUUCAUCUCCUUUUCAUCUCGACUGCUAACGGGCAAUGCUGCUCCACCCCAUAUCGUUAAUGGUUUUAACCUGGACUGUGUCCCAAACGAUUCCAGGUGAAACGAUUGAUCGAGGUAUUAGAGCGUCAGAACUAGACACCCUCAGGACUAGACACAGCAGAACCACGUGGCGCCACAAGGGCCAAAAUCCCUCCUAGGGAGCCUUCAUUAGCAUGGGCGCCAUGUGGACUCGACACCCGGUGUAAUAAAACCAUAACAGGGACAGCUCUCUGCUCAUAUGUGCUUAUGGCGGUUCUUACAAGCCGCCCAGGCAAAAGCAGCAUGCUUUGUCUACAAUAUAGGGGAAUCAUUAGCCUGAAGCUUUCUCCUGGCCCACAUUCAAAUUACUUCCAAAUGAGGACCUGAAACAGACAUGGUGCAAAGUAAUUUGUGGUCGAACUCAGCAUUAAGCUGAUAUUUGUGUCAUCCAAUCAAAUGCUGAUGCUCAGUCCCGCUCCAUCCCUGUGUAUUCCUCUAGCAGGAUCACAGUGCAUCACCUCACUAGUAAAUCACUUGCGGCUUUGCGCUUAACUCCGCUUGUACCUUUCCCACAUGAGUACUGUCACAGAGGCUGAAGGCAUGUUCAGAAUCCGUCGACGCCUGCCCUCGGACCUCCUCCACCACGCGGAGUGAAUUCACCUCCACCUUUGUUGGGUCUCCUCUGCCCAACUGCAGAAAGGUUGAUGCAAUGCAUCUUUACUGUCGAUUAUCUAUUUAUUGGAAAGUUAAGGUUUAUUUAUUCAGGCAGCACCGCUAAAAGACGGCAACUUCUUUAUUUAUUGAACAUUGGGUGCCAAAGUGGAGUUUACAUGUACUGUUUUUGUGUAUCCUGU